AUGGGUUCUGGUGUGGACUGUGGGUUCUGGUGUGGACUGUGGGUUCUGGUGUGGACUAUGGGUUCUGGUGUGGACUGUGGGUUCUGGUGUGGACUGUGGGUUCUGGUGUGGACUGUGGGUUCUGGAGUGGACUGUGGGUUCUGGAGUGGACUAUGGGUUCUGGAGUGGACUGUGGGUUCUGGUGUGGACUGUGGGUUCUGGAGUGGACUGUGGGUUCUGGUGUGGACUAUGGGUUCUGGAGUGGACUGUGGGUUCUGGUGUGGACUAUGGGUUCUGGAGUGGACUGUGGGUUCUGGUGUGGACUGUGGGUUCUGGUGUGGACUGUGGGUUCUGGUGUGGACUAUGGGUUCUGGUGCGGACUGUGGGUUCUGGUGUGGACUAUGGGUUCUGGAGUGGACUGUGGGUUCUGGUGCGGACUGUGGGUUCUGGAGUGGACUGUGGGUUCUGGUGUGGACUAUGGGUUCUGGAGUGGACUGUGGGUUCUGGAGUGGACUGUGGGUUCUGGUGUGGACUAUGGGUUCUGGUGUGGACUAUGGGUUCUGGUGCGGACUGUGGGUUCUGGUGUGGACUAUGGGUUCUGGAGUGGACUGUGGGUUCUGGUGCGGACUGUGGGUUCUGGUGCGGACUGUGGGUUCUGGUGUGGACUGUGGGUUCUGGAGUGGACUGUGGGUUCUGGAGUGGACUGUGGGUUCUGGAGUGGACUGUGGGUUCUGGUGUGGACUGUGGGUUCUGGUGUGGACUGUGGGUUCUGGAGUGGACUGUGGGUUCUGGAGUGGACUGUGGGUUCUGGAGUGGACUGUGGGUUCUGGUGUGGACUGUGGGUUCUGGUGUGGACUAUGGGUUCUGGAGUGGACUGUGGGUUCUGGUGCGGACUGUGGGUUCUGGUGCGGACUGUGGGUUCUGGUGUGGACUGUGGGUUCUGGAGUGGACUGUGGGUUCUGGUGUGGACUGUGGGUUCUGGUGUGGACUGUGGGUUCUGGAGUGGACUGUGGGUUCUGGAGUGGACUGUGGGUUCUGGUGUGGACUGUGGAUUCUGGAGUGGACUGUGGGUUCUGGUGUGGACUGUGGGUUCUGGUGUGGACUGUGGGUUCUGGAGUGGACUGUGGGUUCUGGAGUGGACUGUGGGUUCUGGUGUGGACUGUGGGUUCUGGUGUGGACUGUGGGUUCUGGUGUGGACUGUGGGUUCUGGUGUGGACUGUGGAUUCUGUGGGUUCUGGUGUGGACUGUAGGUUCUGGUGUGGACUGUGGGUUCUGGUGUGGACUGUGGGUUCUGGAGUGGACUGUGGGUUCUGGAGUGGACAGUGGGUUCUGGUGCGGACUGUGGGUUCUGGUGUGGACUGUGGGUUCUGGUGUGGACUGUGGGUUCUGGAGUGGACUGUGGGUUCUGGAGUGGACUGUGGGUUCUGGUGUGGACUGUGGGUUCUGGUGUGGACUGUGGGUUCUGGAGUGGACUGUGGGUUCUGGUGUGGACUGUGGGUUCUGGAGUGGACUGUGGGUUCUGGAGUGGACUGUGGGUUCUGGUGUGGACUGUGGGUUCUGGAGUGGACUGUGGGUUCUGGAGUGGACUGUGGGUUCUGGAGUGGACUGUGGGUUCUGGUGUGGACUAUGGGUUCUGGAGUGGACUGUGGGUUCUGGUGUGGACUAUGGGUUCUGGUGUGGACUGUGGGUUCUGGAGUGGACUGUGGGUUCUGGAGUGGACUGUGGGUUCUGGUGUGGACUGUGGGUUCUGGAGUGGACUGUGGGUUCUGGAGUGGACUGUGGGUUCUGGAGUGGACUGUGGGUUCUGGUGUGGACUAUGGGUUCUGGAGUGGACUGUGGGUUCUGGAGUGGACUGUGGGUUCUGGUGUGGACUAUGGGUUCUGGUGUGGACUGUGGAUUCUGGUGUGGACUGUGGGUUCUGGAGUGGACUGUGGGUUCUGGAGUGGACUGUGGGUUCUGGAGUGGACUGUGGGUUCUGGAGUGGACUGUGGGUUCUGGUGUGGACUAUGGGUUCUGGAGUGGACUGUGGGUUCUGGAGUGGACUGUGGGUUCUGGUGUGGACUGUGGGUUCUGGAGUGGACUGUGGGUUCUGGAGUGGACUGUGGGUUCUGGUGUGGACUGUGGGUUCUGGAGUGGACUGUGGGUUCUGGAGUGGACUGUGGGUUCUGGAGUGGACUGUGGGUUCUGGUGUGGACUAUGGGUUCUGGAGUGGACUGUGGGUUCUGGAGUGGACUGUGGGUUCUGGUGUGGACUAUGGGUUCUGGUGUGGACUAUGGGUUCUGGUGUGGACUGUGGAUUCUGGUGUCUUACCUGAAGAUGAAGAUGAAGAGCAUGAGCAGCAUACAGAAGGUGGCCACGUUGUCCAUGGUCUUCAUCAGGACCACCAGCUGCCUCCGGAGCGCGGGCAUGAACCUCACCAGCUUAAUGACCCUCAGGAGCCUGAAGGUCCGCAGCACAGAGAGGCCCCCGUCGGCCUGCCCGAUGAUCUCACACACACUGCAACCGCACAGAAGGUUAUAG